AUGAGUUUGAUUGCAAAGAUUUCACAAGCUACAGGUGUCCCUCAAUAGAAAGUGCUCCAAUAUGCUUUAGUUCUCUUAGUUCUGUUUGUGGUGUUCGGUGUCGGAUCUUCAAUCAUCACUAACCUUAUCGGAGUUGCUUACCCAGUAUUCAUGAGUUUCUACGCUCUUGAGUCAGAUGGAGGAGAUGACGACAAACAAUGGUUGACCUACUGGGUUGUAUUUGGUAUAUUCACUAUUGCUGACCAAUUCGCCGGAUUCAUUUUAUCAUUCAUCCCAUUCUACUAUGUACUCAAGGUUGCCGUCUUGAUCUGGCUAUUCCACCCAAGCACUCUUGGAGCAAUUACAGUAUAUGAGACCUACAUCGCACCAUUUUGGGCUCAAAACAAACAAUAUGUUGAGUAAUUGGAGAAGGGAGUCGAGAAGGCUGUCUAGGACAAUGUAGAUUUCGUAAAGAGCAAAGUUAGCAAACAUGAUUGA